AUGCCGUUGGGCGGCUACUGUAGCGCGCCAGCGCUGACGUCAUCCCAGCCCGCUGGCUGGAGCUCGGGCCAGCCUCCCCCCGGGCUUGCCCAGGUUUGUGGGCCCCACUGCUUGCCCUGGCAGCUUAUUGUUGCUGGAAACCACAUUUUGGGUUUGCCCCCCCCAACCCUCCCCUUGGGCCCCUUGGUGGAAGUGCUCUAA